AUGUCCACCAAGUACAUCGCCAACCAGGUCCACAAGCAGGCCUCCCGCCUCUCCCGCUACAACCUCCUCAACGUCAACCCCGUCUGGCUCCAGCCUGUCAUGGACCACCCGCCGCUCCCGCUGCCCGCCCGUGAGUCCGCGCCGCGCACCGAGUACGACACGCGCCCCGGAAAGCCCACCACGCGCCCCGCGGACUCCAAGACCAUCCGCCCGUUCGACAUCUCGUACGUCGAGGACCAGUUCCGGCGGCAGUUCUUCCGCGACCACCCCUUCGAGGCCUUCCGGCGCACGUCCCUCGUCGAGGGCGCCGCCGUCGAGCCCGAGCACCCGAUCCGCGGCGUGCAGUGGACGCGCCUGCGCCAGCGCGGGCGCAACCCGUCUCCGGAAGACGCGGUCCGCUACGCCGCGAAUCUGCACCAACACCACGGCGUCGGGCUGUCCGCCGCGUACGAGUCCGCCGUCGCGCAGUUCCGUGCGCUUCGCGCCGAGCUCUCCGUCGCGCGUUCCGUCGCGCUCCAUGAGGCGGGGCACAACGGUACCAUCUUUGGUCCGUCCCUUAUCGAGCAAAACUUCGAGCAGGAGGACCAGGCGUUCGAAAAGUCGAGACAAGAGCUCGAGCGCGACAACGCUCAGGACGAGGGCAAGAAGUGGAAGGCGGUGUACAAACGGGACGGUCCUCCAGACCAAUGGACCAAGGGCCAGGAGUACACGCGGCUGUGGAAGCGAGGCGUCCGGCCCAUGUACUCGUCCAUCGUCGACGCGCCUCACCAGCCGUCUUCAUGA